CUCCAAUCGAAUCAUCCAAAACAUUUUGUUGAAGGAUCACUUGUCUUGCAUUUUACAUUGUUCUUGCCGAAACACCACCUUCCAAUACAUCCCAAAAUAAUGAAGCAACAAAAUGUAUUCACCACUCUCUCAUUUCUCAUACUUUUCGUCCUCCAUUGUUCAACAACCUUAGCCCAAGGUCCGGCAGCAGCUCCAGCAGCUCCGGCAGCGCCGGUGGCACCAACACCGGCACCUCCCGGUCCAACAAACGUCACGAAAAUCCUCGAAAAAUCCGGCCAAUUCACCCUCUUCAUCCGUCUUCUGAAAACUACACAAGUAGCCAACCAGCUUCUCGGUCAGCUCAACAACUCAAACAAUGGGAUAACCAUUUUCGCGCCGUCGGACAGCGCUUUCUCUAGCCUUAAAUCCGGCACGUUGAAUUCGCUCAACGACGAACAAAAAGUAGAGCUGGUGCAAUUCCACAUCAUCCCGACGUACCUCUCGUCGUCUCAGUUCCAGACUAUUAGUAACCCUUUGAGAACCCAAGCCGGUGACAGCGGCGACGGGAAGUUUCCUCUCAAUAUCACCACAUCGGGAAACUCGGUGAACAUAACAAGCGGGUUGACGAAUACGAGUGUUUCGGGUACUGUUUACACUGACGGUCAGCUUGCGGUUUAUCAGAUCGAUCAGGUGCUUCAACCUAUGCAAAUAUUCGAUCCUAGGCCUCCGGCUCCGGCUCCGGCACCGGCGAAGUCGAAGAAGAAGAAGGCUGCCGUUGUUGCCGAUAGCCCUGAUGAUGAAACCCCUGCUGAUAACAACUCCAAAGCGGCGGCCACCAUGCAAAAUGUAGCCUUGUUUGGUGUUGCUGCUGUAGUUGCUGCGUUUUAUUUGUAAACAUGAAAAUGGAGAAAGGAAGAAGAUGGUGAUUUUGAUGGUUUGGAUCUAUAUUCCAUGGUGGU